CCCAUUUCGGCUCGACCAUUUUACUUUAAUAGCUGAUUUACCCCUGGGUUUCGCUGACAUAGCCUAUUGUUUUUCUAGUGCAGGUUACAGAAUACCAGCGACCAGCUCCAGCUGUUAGCGACAUAAUGAUGAGUUCAGAUGCCCUCCGACCGACAAGCCAAGCGCGUAAAGUGCUUGGAAAACUCGCUACCCGGUUGGAAGAGGUAAAGAAUCCUUGGCGACCGGGCGCCUCUACUUUAGAGCUAAGCCAUAAUGAAACAGCGAGACUGGCCACUGACGCGUUGCUCGAGGCUGGAGAGAAAGAAUAUCGCCGAGUGCUCUCAGAGGAAAGAGAACUGAACUUUCUUUCUUCACUUGAAAUUCGGUACAUAACUGAGAAUGCAGCCAAAAACAGCAGCACUGACAAUGGCUCUCAUGGAGCUGAUCGGGACUAUGAAGGGGACACGGUAUCUGAGCUUACCUCGGGGACAUAUUUCCCUAUGAUGUCGGACGAAGAGCCACCUCUUCUGGAGCUCGGGUGGCCGGAACACCCCCAGCGCUGCGGACCCUCAGAAACGCAGAUAUACUUCCAAAGGGACAAGACACAGAAUGUUAAAGAUCUGAUCCGCUCACUGAUCAAUAAGGCUAAGAAGGUGAUUGCAUUAGUGAUGGACAUUUUCACCGACGUUGAUUUAUUCUGCGACUUGAUGGAGGCCUCAAACAAACGCAGAGUUCCUGUGUACAUUCUGCUGGACGAGAAGAAUUUGAGCUAUUUUAUGGAUAUGUGCAAUGCGUUGGACGUACAGUACUCGCACCUGAGUAAUAUGCGGAUACGAAGUGUGUGUGGAGACACAUAUUGCACCAAAAGUGGGAAAAAAUUCACGGGACAAGUCCAGGAGAAGUUCAUGAUCAUCGACUGUGAGGAAGUCAUUACUGGGUCAUACAGUUUUACCUGGCUGUCUGGUCAGGUACACAGUAACAUGGUCCUACACUUUUCGGGUGGGGUCACCGACAGCUUCGACCGGGAAUUCCGCUGCCUCUACGCCGACUCUCAGAUUAUUGAGCGUUUCCACAAUCCAGAAGAGGAGGGCCUUCCCUACUAUCCCUACAACAUGGUCCAUUUUAACAUGCCAUUUGACUUCAUGCAGGACCAAGGCAGCAGAGAGAAGGUGUACUCCGAACACUCCAGUAGCCCAUCCAGUAACAACAGUGUGUCCAGUGUUAAAGUUGCUCCAGGUAUGCAUCCACCCAGUUACAAAGUCACCCAGGAGAAGACAGAGCCUAGCAAAGCCACAGAGAGGAGAGGAAGUCUGAACACAGUACAGCAAACACUUCAAGGUGCCAAUCUAGGAAAAGUCUCCUCUAAUGGCACUGUGUUAAACCCGACCGAUGAGCACAAAUCGCAUGGUGUCUCGCAAAAGCCUGAGUGGACCAAACCUGGAUCCACCGAAUAUCUCAGGGGAAACCUUGGUGGAUCCGCGUCAAAGUUCCAGGGAUUGGGCAUGUACAACAACAAGAAUUAUUUCAACAAUAAUCCCAAAACCCCAACACCUACGCAGCAUAAUCCCACAGAGUCAAAACUGCGUAGUCCCCCUAAUCCCCUGUUCAACAACACUCCCAAAACCCCACUGUCUACGCAACACAAUCCCGUAGAACCAAAACAGCGCAGUCCGCCUAAUCUUGUCAACAAGUUCUCUGAGUUGUUCACCGGUAACUCUAAGAAGGACUCCUACAACUUCAAAAGAUCCCCCCCCCAGAGCAUGGGGACUUCUGAUCUGUCUCCAAAAGAGCCAGAGAGUAAGCAGGGCCUGCCCCUUCCAGCACCUUUUCCAGUGGACCACGCUGGAAAGGAGUCCUGGAUAAACCGUAGGGAUGAGAAACGCAUGACUUUGGGCCACAGCAAACUUGACUUGGUCAAUCAAUACAACAAGAUGAAGUCAAAGCAGGUGUACAGUCGUUUCGAACUGAAAAACAACGUAGUCGGUUAG